UCAUUUUCUACGAAAAUGAACGCGAGAAGAUUCAUCUCGGACAAGCGUGCAAGACAAUUUAGGACUUGGUUGCAUUGCUCUGUUUUGCGCCUCUCUCGGACCAGCGGGCAGCGGGUUUUACAUGAGAAAAGAACAGCAGCAGAUGCGAAACUAGCCAUAGCCCCGGCCAUGGCCAUCAGAAGCGUCGGCAGAACCCUUCGGCCUCUCUGCUCGAACCUCCUUCCUUCGUCACUUCGCGCCUCCGCACCGCCUCUCGCCGCCGAGGCCUCGCGACCCGUUAAGCCUCUCUCCACCACCACCACCCCCGCCGACGAUGCGCAGACUCCGCCGAGACCAGCCGAGUCCAGCUCCAGGAGAGACUCCAUGAUUCUCGAGAGGUUCAGGCUCAGGCAGCGCGGAGGCUCUCCCGAACCCACGCGGAGCGAGCCGCCCCCGACGCGUCCGCCGCCUCCCGGAGAGAGAAGCGGCGGCGAGGAGGUCCUCUCGGGCUUCGGGCCGCUGGGGCUGAGCGGGGAGGUGGUGGAGGCGGCCGAGGGGAUGGGCGCCUUCGUGCCGAGCGAGAUUCAGUGCGUUGGGAUCCCCGCGAUUUUGAAGGGGCAGAGCGUGGUUCUGAGCUCGCCUUCCGGGUCGGGCAGGACUCUGGCGUACUUGUUGCCUCUCGUUCAGAUGCUGAGACGGGAUUCGGCAUUGUUUGGAACUGAGCGUGACUCCCCGAGGGCUCUCCUGUUAUGUUCUUCGGGUGAAUCAUGUGAUAAGGUAUUUAGUAUGGCAAGUUUCAUCACCAGUCAUGCACAAGUAAAAUCAAGUGAAAAAUGCAGUGGUGAUGGAUCAGAAGGUAAGGGAGGUUCGCCAAAUGCCCCGAUUGGCUUGUUGGUUGGAACCCCUGAAGAGGUCCUUCAGCAAAUUGAAGAAGGCGAUGUUAUGACCACUGCAGUCAAGUACUUGGUUUUGGAUGAGGCGGAUAUCAUGUUAGAUGCUGGCUUGUUUCCCAAAAUACAGAAGAUUUCGAGCCACUUGAAGAACUUUGCUGUUGAAUCCAAUUCUCAGCAUUUUCAAGCGGUUCUAGUCAUUUCACCUAUCUCAAAGAUACUAGAAAAACAUGCUGUGGAGCGUCUGGAGCAUGAUCGAGCUGGUAAAGUGGCUGCAAUGCUGCUGGAAAUCGACCUGAAAGAAGUGCUCUAUCUGAUUGAAUCUCGAGAUGCGUUGAGGAAGAAAGUGGCGGACGCUGUAGAGUCCCUUCAUGUGGCUUCUUGAUCAUAGCAUUCGGUCUAGCUUUGUAGUUUGUACAUAGGCAUAACCAGCGUAACAUUGCAGGGUUCAAGACAUUCCUUCAUGAUGCGCGCAUUUGCGUGCUUGUUCUUCAUAAGCCUCAGUUUGUAGACUGUGUUGCGCUUUCAGCGACUAGUGCUUUGACAAAAUUUGAAGCGUUUCAUCUAACAUUGUGUGUCCAUUCUGAGGUUACCUCGCGAUUCUUUCUUUGCAUGUGGUUUUAUGUCGUGAUGACAGACUCUGUUUGACAUUCAUGAUUGUUUAGAAGUUGAAGGCUGCUGUAAAUGCG